AUGGGAAGUUCGUAAUGCUGUACAAUUAAUACUGAUGAGUAAGCAUCAGAAUUGGCGAUUGGUAUGAAAGAAACGGCUCAGUCAUCGAAAGAUCCGAAUCGUUCAAGUGAUGGGAAGAAAAACAAAAACCAACCUUUGUCUCCAAUUCAAAAGCAAAAAGGUGCUCGUGGUCAAUUUCGAAUUGAUGAUCCAUAAACACCUGCGUUUGCUGAUAAUAAAUCAAUUCACAGUAAGCAAGAAUCGGAACAAUAAUCGAAUAAGGACAUACAAUUGGUGGCUGAGAUAGUUAUGUAAUUAGAUGAUUUUCAUUAAAAAAUUGAGGAGGCAAAUGAGGAAAGAUUCCUUUCUUAGGCUUCAUUGAAGAAGAAAAGGAAAAAUGAUUCUCCUUUGUGCGAUUUCCAACCAAAAAAUUCAUUAAAAUCAUUUGAUUCAAAAAGACUGGAUAAAUUGAAAUCUAUCAGUGAACACAAGUAGAUGAAAGAAGAACUCAUUAAAGAAGAGUGGGAAAGUUAGAGAAGUCAAAGUGCUGACAAUAAAUCGGUGAAGAGCAUUUUAAAAUAGGAAAUGAAGUACAGUCAAUUUAAAAAGGGGCAGUGUGGCAAUGAUACUCAGUCGCAAAAGAGGGUACAUUUUUAAUUGAACAAAUGA